AAGGACCCCACUUUACCAUUUUCCCAUUUUUUCCCCUUCAUUUCUCCCAUUUUUUCCACACCCCAAAAUCUUAGUCAUAUUUUGAGUCCUCAAUCGGCGCAACUUACCACCAAAACCCACUUCUCAACCCAACCUUCACAAAAUACACCAUCAAACCCAAACCCAAACCCUAACCCACAUAAUAUGGCCCACAACCCGACCCACCGGCGCAAGUUAGCCACUCCGGACCCACCACAACCUCAACCCACCACCGGAAAACGCCACCCUAAACCGUCCACCACCGCAACUUCCACCGUUUACAACCUCACCAACCACUUCUCACGGCUUCGGCCCAAUCCAACAAAGCCCAAUAACACCCAAAACCCACUUCCUAUCAAACAAAUUAACUCCCAAUUACAAGCUAAACCCAUCUCUAAAUCUGUUAAUUUAGACCCCUCUAAUCAAAAUUUUGGGAAAAAUGAGAAAAGGGUUGUUUUAGAAAGUGCCAAAAAUAAGUCUUUGGUUGUUGUUCAAGAGAAAGAAGUGAAGAAUUUAGAGAAAGAAAGUAAUAAUACUAAUAAUAGUAAGGUUAUGGUGGUUAAGCAACCAUCAUUAGCGGUUAAUGGGAUUGAUAAAAGAAGGUCAUUUAGUGAUGCAAAAGUGGAGUUGGCUAAUUUCUUGGUGACUAAUUGUGCUAAAGUUGUUUCAGCUGAUAUGCCGCCAUUUAUGCAGAUUCAUGCUGUUGGUUUUGCUAGGAAGAUUAAAGACAGUCUUGAGAAAUUCACUUCUAAGACCCUUGCUUUGUCACUCAAAAAGGAACUUGAUGGAGUUUAUGGACCUGCUUGGCAUUGUAUUGUUGGGACCAGUUUUGGGUCAUUUGUCACUCAUUCUGUUGGUGGUUUUCUCUAUUUUUCUUUGGAUCAGAAAUUGUAUGUUUUGAUUUUUAAAACUACUGUACAAAGAGCUGAUUGAUGGUACCAAAAAAAGAAUUAGAUUAAACAAAAAUGAAGAUGAUUUUGAUUUGAUGAAUGAAGAAUUGAAGAUGCAGAAGAAAAAGAAAAGGUUUCCUAGGGAGUAAAUAGUGAAACACAUUUUGUAGUUUUGUAUACCAAAGUUUGUCUGCUUAUAGUAUAUUUUUGGGUUGGAAAGCUCUGCUUGUACAUGUUUCUUGCCACUUCAAAUAUUAAUACGAUUAAUCAAGUUAUGACUUACAGUAGAUGUUUUACGUAGUCUAGAUGCUGUAUGUUAUGCGUUAUGAUUACGGUGUAUAACUAAGGAUAUGGUAUGAAUGUAUGAUCUUGUAUUGUUUUUGGAAUGGUGACGAUCUUAUGACUAUUUCGGCUA